GUCAAAAUAUGCUUAAGAAAACAGUGAAAAAUUCUUAAACGCGCGUAUUUUUAGGCAAAAUUUGCAAUAUUAAAUGUAUUUAUGGCAAACUAAUUGUGUUGCAAAUCAAAGUAUGAAUGCUAAAACAUCGUUAAAUCGUAUAAUCCAUUAAUACCGAAACAUUUUCAAGCCGGAAAUUUGAUAGCAAACAAAAAGAAUUUUCUUCGCUUGGCUGUUCUGGUGUUGUGUGUGGCUGUGUAAAAGAGAACUAUUGGAGGUGGUGGUGGCUAGUUCGCAUUUUUUACUUAUGCCGCGCGAGUUCCCUAAUUAAUUGGCUAAGUAUCGGAAAGUUGUAGCGCAAAGUGACAAUUGAGUGACGAUUUGGACAAAGUUAUGGCUUCCGACGACUUUGAUGUGGAAUUAUUUGAAACGCGUUUGGAAGGUCUCAAAGAUACACAGGAUGGUAUACAGCAAAUGUCAGCGUGGUGUUUGAAACAGCGUGCACAUCACAAAAAAAUUGUUGCCAGUUGGUUGAAUGUUUUCAAAAGAGUUCGUGUUGAACAUCGUCUGGUUCUGUUUUAUUUGGCCAAUGAUGUCAUACAAUAUAGCAAGAGAAAACGUUUGGAAUUUGUUGAAAGUUGGGCUACAGCCCUACAAAAAGCCACCACCAUGGUUAGAGAUGAAAAGGUGAAAAAUAAGAUACUGCGAAUAUUUAGCAUUUGGGAGCAAAGGGAAAUUUAUAAUGAAGAAUUUCUGACCGAUCUCUGUGGACUGCUUAAUAUUGCACCGCCGAAAAAAUCUCAUCCUACCAUACCUGAUUCUGAGGACUAUCAAAAUGCCAGCCUCAUCACAAGCAUACGAGAGUGUGUCGAGCUCUCAGAGAUGACAGACAAAAGCUUUAAGAAAAUGCCAAAAGCUCCCAAUUGUGAUAUAGAAAGUAUCAAACAACAUUUAAAAGAUAAAUCUCAUUCGGACGAUGUUGAAAAGGAACUCGAAAGAUAUGCGGCGUACAUUGAGGCGUUCAACAAGAAUUUGCAAGCUGAAAUAAAAAGUCGUAAAAUGGUUCUAACUAACUUGGAUACGGCGGUAAAAUUUUAUGCCAACCAAAGGGGAGAAGUUAAGGUUGUUGUCAGUGCCUACAAAAACUUUGGUAGUCGUAUAAAACUGGUCAAAAAGAAAUUGGAUGAAAUCACACCGACCUUAGCCAGUCCGAUUCCAUCGCCGGAUGUAAAUGCACCGUCGCCGGAACCAGAUGCCGAUUUGCAGUUGCCAGAUGAACAGUCACCAAUACCAAUGAGCUUUUUUAAAAAUAAUCUUAAUGGAUACAGCAGCUAUUUGGAUGGUAAUCUACCUUUCGAUAUAAAUGAUUUCAAAUCCGAGGAAUCCGCUUCAAAGACAUCAAGCCAGCCUAUUGAGGUAAUUGGUUCUAGAUCAGACGAAGAAAGCUUUAAUUCCAGUGCAGAUUAUUAUAAACCUGAAUCAAUAAAUGUGUAUUCCGGCAAUGAUAAUGUAAUGAUACCGGGCAUAACACCAAUGCCAGUACCAGCUGUUCCCUCUGGUGGUUACACUUCUUUGGCACGUUCAUCACAGCAAUAUAAUGAUGUUUUGCCACCACCUCCUAAUCCUCCCAUGUUUGGAUCAUCGAGUGUGUUAUCCAAUAAUCUACAUCAUGGCAUGAAUCCCGGUUACGCGCCCAUGAAUACACGUCCAUAUAAUACCAAUGAGAGUUAUGAUCAGAAUCCAUAUAGCCGAGUAAGUGGUCCAAAUGGUGGAGGUGUUGGCCUAAGAAGAGUGGGAAAUUCUCCUAUGCAACAACCGCUUAUGCCUCCUCCGCCAAUGCCUUCGAUGGGUGCAAUGGAUAAUGGUGAAAAUGGUGGAGCAAAUAGUUUCAACUCACCUUGGGAUAUGGGAAUGUCCUGGAGUAAUCCCUUAGAUAGUUCUAGUGCGUCGACAUCCUCGUAUGGUAAUACGCCCAUAGAUACUCCGCUCUCACCGCCGCACUUUGAUGUAGAUUCGCUUAAUGCUAGUUCAACAACUCUAGAAUAUACCGAACACGAUAGCAGUUUGUCAUCAGCCCAAGAUGUUGAUCAUCGCCAGCUACAUUUGCCUGCGUUUGGUAUUGGUUCUAAGUUAGGACUAAGUAAAGAAAAAACACGUCAAUUGGAUAUUGAUCAUCGAAAUUUGAUAUCAUUGACUGGUUCCCCCGGAGCAAACGAAAGUGAUAAAAAACCAUGGUAUCAGGGUAGUAAUGAGACAUCCAGCGAUGUUGAUUAUCGUGUGCUAGGCCAAACAAUCAAAACUAUUGAAACUACCACCACCAUACUGCCUGUUUUCAAUGAUACUUCUUCAGUGUCGUCCGCCGAUGAUAUUGGAAACCAUUCUGCAACAAUCUCCCCAGAAAAGAAUGACAGCCCCUCAAAAGAUUCACAAAAAGAUGAUUCAUUUUCACAACCAACUGCUGACGAAGGAGGUGGAGGUACGGGUGGUUAUGAUCCAACAGACAUGGUGGUUGAUAUGGAUAUGUCUGAUGAAGAUCUUGAUGAUAUAUUUAGAGAAGUGAAUGAGCAAAUGGCAGAACAAUCCUCAUCAACCGACAUGGCUGCAGAUAUCAACAGCGAAACAAAUGGAAACGAAGCAUCCGACUCGGCAACGGAAAUUCAGCACACUAGACCGCCACUUCUUGAAACGCCGGCUGAGUAUGAUCCCCAAACAAAUUGGGACUGCCCAGAUUGGUCGCAACAAAUGGCUCACAUGCCUUGGCCAAAUAAUCGUGGAGGUGGUGCGGGACAACAUGGAGUGCCACCACCUCCAAGGCCACCUUAUGCAAUGCAAUUUCCCUAUGGACCAGGAGCUGUAACAGGUAAUGAUAACAAUCCCUUUGCCGUGCCUGGUGGCAGUCCCUUGCCUGGAGGUCGAGGCGGUUUUGGUGGUGGUGGACGUGGUCGCGGUGGCGUUUGGGAGGGAUCUCCACAAAAUCAAUUUCGCAAUUUCCCCAGACCGCCACGUGGUGCCAUAGGCGCUGGUGGUUCUCCAUUCUUCAAUCGUGGACGCGGCAGAGGUAUGGGUAGCCCCAUGAUACGUGGUGGACCCAGUCCUGGAUACCGCGGCAAAUUUCGUGGCAAAAAUAAUUGGAUCUAAAAACUUUUAAUAAGCAAAAAAAAAAAAAAAUAAUUACUUUAAAAAAAUAUUCUAUAGUGCUAACACUAACUGUUAAACCCGAUACAAAAAGUCAUGAAUUUCUAACCAGCUGUAAAUACAAUGAAAACAAUUUUCUAGUAUAGUCAUGCCACAGAGGGAAAAUAAGUUGAAAAAAUUAAAUUUCACUCAAAUGUUUUAAAUUUAAAAUUGUUUUAAUGUUACACGUAAGUGCAUGUCAAAAUUCUAGAGACUUUCCUUAAGAACUACGAGAAAAGCUAUGCGAAAAACACACACACACACACAAACAAACACAUAGACAUUACCAUCGUAUACAAUACAACAAGGACUUAUUUUCCCUCUCUAUGGAAUAAGAGUCU